GCAUCAAGCGGGCGUGACGUCACGAGGCCGGGCGCUCCGGAAGCGGCCGGGAGGUGCUCGCCGGUAGCGGAGUCCUGUGUUCCCUGGACCGACGACAUCGUUUAUUGCAACCAAGCGCGCCAAUUGAAGCGCGUGUCCGCUCCUCGCUCAGUCGAACAAUGCUUGAGCCGUAUCGCGAUAUGUUUGCCAAAUAAUGUUUCCAUUUUUUAAAGAGAUCAAAUAGUUUUAUAAUAUUUUUCCUGGAAAGUGUCAAAAAUGCUGAUUUUUUGUUUAUUUACAUUUACCUUGUUUCGUUGUUGUGUUAUUGCCCAGGAUGUAAUUACAGUGGAAGCGGUGUUAGGGCAGAGCGCAGAGCUUCCAUGUAAUGUUACCGCCGAUAAAGAAGACGACACUCUUAACAUAUUGGCAUGGUAUAGGAACGGCUCUAGUACAGCUUUUUAUAGCAGUCGCGACCUUCGUGGGGGGUCCGGCAGCGUAAUGUCACCCAGCAACAGAUACCGAUUACUAGAUUCAGAAGAAGAAGGAUUGGACAGCUUAGAAAUUCUAACAGUGAGAUCGUCAGAUGCAGGUCUCUAUCACUGCAACGCUGAUUUCAAAAGCAGCCCCGCUCGUAAAACUUAUGUACAAUUGGCGGUUAUAGAACCGCCGCAAAGAUUAUGGGUAAUACAUGAGAACGGAACUCGAGUAGCAACAGCCAAUGCUGGCUCAAACACCAGCAGAAAUAUUGGGCCUUAUUACGUUGGAGACACUAUACACCUAUUUUGUGUUGCGUUUGGAGGAAAACCACAACCAUCAUUAUCCUGGUGGUCUGAGCAACGUUUGCUAAAGAACACAACCACUCCGCUAUCAGAGCAACGUGUCCGAGGCGACUUGAGGUUUGGCCCUUUGAGUCGAGAGCACCAUGGCCGUGUGUUUACUUGUUUCGCUAAAAAUAAUGACAGGACAUCUCCGCUUUGUAUAGACAUUUCAAUUGAGAUGUUUUUACCACCAGAGCUGGUGACCAUUCGAGUAGGAAGUGAGAAAAGCGACUCAGUGUUCAGUGGACGAGCUAACUCCGGGGAUGUAUUGACGUUACAGUGUCGUGUUCUCGGCGCCAGACCCUUACCAACCGUUAUUUGGAGGCUGGACGAUUCGCAGCUAUUGAAUCUCGAACAGAAUAUAACGAUGGAACCUUCACAACAGCUAAUGGUAAAUGAAAUACAAUUGAGUAUAACGGCUGAAUAUGACGAGUCCCGUAUCACUUGUUGUGUACCAGCUUACCGCAGAGACUCGGAGGAGUACGUGUGUGCUAUUGGUCAACAUUUAACCGUCCUAUAUCCACCGACGUUGCAUAUAGCAGUGGCUGAUACUUUGGAAAAUAAUACCUUAUCAGUCAUUAAAGGUUCUAACGUUUCCAUGAACUGUAGCUUUGAAGCUAAUCCGUCUGUUUUUCAAUUAAUUUGGUUUCAUGAGGAAUCCAUAUUAAGCCAUACCACAGACCAAACAAUGGUAUCUUUACACCCAAGUCUUGAGUUAACAGCGGUGUCUGAGUCUGAUGCCGGUGAAUACGUAUGCGCUGCUACCAACGAUGAAGGGUCUUCAUAUAGCGAGCCUAUUAUCAUUGAUGUCGUGUACCCGCCUUACUGCGAGGACGAAAGCGUGGUGGAGUAUGGCGUGGUAGCCGAAGACACUAUCAACAUAACUUGUAAGGUGAAGGCGAAUCCCGAACCUUCCUCCUACCGCUGGCUCCUCGUCAGCGAGAUGGAGGGCACCAAGCUGCACUCCAACCAGUCCUAUACUGUGGAAACAGAAGGCGAUACUCUGGUCUAUCAGAGACCGAACUGCACUACAACUUUAAUAUACUGCUGGGGAUUGAAUUCAGUGAAGAACAGCGAUUUGCCGCAAACGAAGUGUACAUUCAUGGUAACGGAUGAGACAAUCCCACAGCCGCCGAGCAAUUGCGUCGCUGUGAAGAAUGUACAAAGAGAUAUAACUGUCACAUGUGAGCCAGGACAUGAUGGAGGUCUGCCACAAAAAUUUAUGUUCACGGUGAAAUCAUUGGAUUCUGAAGAGCAAAUCCUUUCUAUUAUAAAUCAAGAGCCGACGUUUAUGAUUCAAGAACCUAAAGAAGACUAUAAAUUUGUACUCGUAGCUAUUAACGAUAAAGGUGAAAGCAAAGUCAUGGAAAUCUUAAAAGACGACAUUGUUGAUGAUAGUAUUGAUGCCAGCAACACGAUAAGCGCAGUGACGAACAUAACUACGCUCGCGCUGGCGCUGUGCGGCGGCGUAGCUCUGCUCGCGCUUGCCGCGUGCGGGCUGGUGCUGUGCGCGCACGAGCGCAGUGAGCGGGCUGACUUGCCACGUGACAGGCGAGACCCGCCUCUAUGCGCUUAUAACACUGAUGAAUCCAAUUGUGAAACCUACAAUGACAGCGAAGACGGGAGCGACUGUAACUUAAGACGUACAGAGUCCUUUCGAAGAGCCAUGGGCAAAUACACACCAAAGAACUAUGACGUGAGAAGGACCAGUUCGUUCCACUCAGCGAGAUAUCUGCACGAUAUUGCAGAUCAUGAACCAAAACGCGUUGAUUCCAGACAUACUGGUUGUAGAGUCCAUUCGCUACAAAAUAUUAGCAGGAAAAAGGAGAUGGAUGUUCUCUGUGACCAUCUCGUUAUGCAUCUUCCACCCGAAACAAACUAUAAUGUGCCUAAACCGAUGAACACAUUCUACACAAUGCCGCGGAAAACGAGAAACAGAUUACAAAAGGAGAUAAGCGACGAAACGUCUGAAAUAACGCAAGCUUCAGAUGGUUUCUCACUACCACCGCCACCAGACGAGUUUGGAACUUAUCGAGCUGCUUCCAGAAUUAAGGACAUACCAAUAAAAUCUACCCCCACUUAUACAACGAUCAUUCGACAAAAUUCUGGAAAGAACUUAAAUAAAUAUGCUAAUACCAUAUCGCCUAUAAAUACUGUAGGAUUGCCUAGUAUUAGUGGACACCAAUCUAGCCUUUAUACUUACCCGGACGAUGAUCAUCAGGUAACCAAAAAUCCUUUUGAUGAUGAACACUAAUUGAUGAUAUGUUAUUUAAUAAUCUUGAUUUUUUUGUUCGCAUCGGCUUACCAGAUGGAUUUGUAUGUCGGUAACAAUACAUAUAUUUAAACAAAUCUUAACGCCAAAUUGUAUUAUAAUUAGUGUAGGAGUGUUAGUCAGUAUAAUAGUUUAAUGAAAGGAAAAUAAUAAUGAAAGAUAAAAAUAUAUAAAUUAGAUAAUGUUCGAAGCGUUAUUGAUCCUAGUCGUGUUAUAAUACUGAAUGUUUUUUAAUGACACUUAUUUUUAUGUAAUCAGAAAAUAUACAUAAUAUAAAUAAAUAUAAUUUAAUAUAAAUAAAUAU